AUGUCAACAGCCGGAGGGGUAAAGGGGCUCAGCAAGACGCUCGGUGGGGUGGCAUCAAAAAGUUAUAAUGUGGCUGCAAUCUGGGAGAAAACAGCCGCUCUAAGCGAAAGCCAACUGCGCACAGUUGAGGCCCUAGGCCAGCUCUGCACGCAAAGGCCCCUGCCCUCACACGUCAUAGAUGAGCAGCGCUCUACAGCUGAAACGCCGGAGAGCCACAGCAAAGACGCCUAUGUUGGUACGUUAGAGGACGCUGUGCUCCAUAACACCAGCCAAUUCCACAAAUGGCACUCGGAGCUUGAGGCAGCGUGCGCAUCGGAGACGGAGGAGAAGUACAAGCGCUAUGCGGACCUGCUUAGCAGCCACGUGGCCUCCUGCGAGCACAUCCUCGGCAAGGUGGACGCCACGCUGGAGGCCUUUGAGGUCCUGCAGGUCCAGCACCGCGAAGUGGUGUCCCGCUCCCGCUCCCUGCACGCGUCCUGCGAGCAGCUGGUGCGCCAGAAGGAGGCGCUCAUGGAGCUGGCGGAGGCCAUCCGGGCCAAGCUGCGCUUCUUCGACGAGUUCGAGCACGUCUAUGCGCAGUUCGCCGCGGCGCAGAUGUCCCUGGAUGCCGACCAGUUCAUGGCGCUGCUGCGGAAGCUGGACGACUGCAUGGCGUAUGUAGCAAACAAUCCGCAGUACGCGGAUGCGCAGCAGUACAGUGCGAAGUUCAGACAGCUGCAGGGCCGCGCGCUGACGGCCGUACGCGGCAAGGUACAGCAGGUGCUACGUGCGGCAGUACAGCACGUGCAAACCGCCGUACAGCAAGCGGCCACAGCAGCGGCAGGAGCGGGAGCGGGAGGGGCGGCGGCAGCUGGGGGGCCCCCGGGGUCAUCAUCAGCCAACGGCACGCACGGCAAUGGCAGCAGCGCCGCCAACGGUAGCUCGUUGGUCAGCCAGGGCUCCAACGGCCAGGUGGUGCCGCUGCUGGCGGAGGGCGCUGAGGUGCCCAUGCUGUAUGUGCGAUUCCGAGCUGCCGCGGAGCCCAACUUGAAGGGUCUCCUGCGGGAGGUGGAGUCCCGAGCUGGUCGACCGGAGUACAUGCGGCUGCUGGCGGAGUGCCACAACUUGUACGCACAGGCGCGACUGGCGCUCAUAGGGCCCUAUGUACGACAACGCAUUAUGCAGUACGCUGCCCUGGCGCUGCCGCUGUUCACCCGCAACGGCUGCGAGCACCUGGGUCGGGUGUGUCAAUUGGAGGUGCAGCUGUUUGAGCACUUCUUUCCCGCUCAGCAGCAGGCGCAGGACGCGCAGUCGCACACGAAGGGCGCCGCCGCGCUGGCGGCGGCGACGGCGAAGUCCGGCGUCGCGGCCGGGGUUGCAGGGCCGGGUGCAGCGCCGCCGCCGCCGCCGCCGGUGCUUCCCUCCUCCGCUGACGCGUUGUCGCCCCUCCUUGAGCCCCUCGCCACCAUGUUGUACGACCAGCUCCGUCCGGCGGUUGUGAAUAUGCAGGACUUGGACGAGCUGUGUGAGCUUGUGGAUAUUUUGAAACACGAGGUCCUGGGGGAGCAGUUGGCGCGUCGUGGAGUGGGCGGUGAGGCGCUCAAGCCCCUCCUAUCCCGCAGCCUGGCGGACGUGCAAGGGCGCCUCAUCUUCCGAGUGCAGGCCUACAUCCGGGACGAGAUCUCCGGCUACGUCCUCACCCAGGAAGAUACGGACUACCCGGCAAAGCUGGAGCGACAAGCGGCGGCGGCGGCGAACGGCGCACUGCCGCUGCCUGCCUCCACGUCAGCCUCGGCGGAUGGUGGCAACGUGGCCGAGGACAACGGCAGCGGCAGCGGUGGCUCCGCCGCCGCGCCCGCUGUCGUCGACCCGUACGCGACGCUGUUCCCGCCGUUGCGUGCGACGCUGCUGGUGCUAUCGAAGCUGUACCGCGCCGUCGACUCCAAGAUCUUUGGCGGCCUGGCACAAGAGGCCGUGUCGGCAUGUACGGUAGCGGUGCAGCAGGCCAGUCGUGCCGUGGCCCGCCGGGCUGUGCCGCCAGCGCCAUCGGCCGGCGGAGCCGCCGCCGCCGCUGCCGCAACCUCGUCUGCAACGACGCCAAUGGAUGCGCAACUAUUCAUGAUUCGCAAUUUGUUAUUUCUCCGGGAGCAGAUUGUUCCUUUUGAUGUGGACUUUGCGGUGACGGACAUUGAUCUUGACUUCUCCCACAUGCGGGACCACCUGAGGCGCAUCAUGUUGGGUCAGGAGAGCUUGUUCACCCUGGGCUCCAGCAACGCAAUGGUCCGCAUGUUGGGUCCCUCGGGCCCCCGGGUGCUCACGUAUCAACUGGACUCCAAGAAGGAGCUGGAGAAGGCGCUCAAGGCUGUUUGCGAGGCGCUCAUCAUGGCCCUCACCAAGGUGGCGGUGGAGCCCAUGCUGUCGUUCAUAACCAAGGUCACAGCAGUGCGAUUGGCAGCUGGGGGCCAAAGUGCCGCCUCGACUACGGCAGCGGGGGCCCAGGCGACCAAGCCUCUCCGCGAGCAGGCCUUUGCCUCGCCUGCCAAGUUGGUUGAGAUGGUGGGUCGCGUCAAUGCGGCACUGUCCGGUCCGCUGCCGGCCGCCGUAUCCAAGAUGAGGCUGUACCUGCCCAACCCAGCCACUCACGGCAUACUGCUCAAACCCGUCAAAUCCAACAUUGCGGAGGCGCACGGCCAGAUCGCCAAGCUGCUGCAGAUGGAGUACAGCCCCGAGGAGGCGGCCCAAGUGCCCCUGCAUGAUCCCCAGCAGCUGGCAGCUGUGCUGGAUAGCCUGUGAUGAAGGACGGGGGCUGGAUGCGAGAGGUGGCGGCCAU